UAUAUCUAAUUCGAUAUAUGGUCUAUCGAUGGAAGUGACACAUAGUUUUAGAAAAUUGGCUUCUCUCUUGCUAGAAAUGUAACGGAGGCCGAAUGAGUUAUGUGAAGAUAAUUUCUCGUGCUAGUAACCUUUACUUAAGGUCUCCAGCUAAGAUAACUUUUUUAUCCUAUUUUCAUAAAACGACAUUAUUCUCACAAAUACAGAAAAAGUAGCAAAUAAUGCUGCUGAGAGAUCUGAUUAUGUUUUGAAGAUAACUUCUCCAUUUAAGAAAGUAAUAACAGCUCGAAUGUACAAAUUAUUAACUCCAUUUUCAACAAGAAAAGUAAAAAGAAAACACCUAGCCAUGGCGUGUACUAGGCUGGUUCUACUGAUUCUGAUCAAGUUUUUAAUUAUUGAGAGUGUUUCAGCUAGUUUUUGGCAGACAUUUAGUGGUCAGAGCCAGUGAUAUUGCAUAUGGGUCGGUAAAUUUCUCCAGACGUAACACUAUGGUGUGAUCUCGAACUGACAAAGGAUAAUAUGGUGUUGGAAUCUUCUUCCCAAAUCUGAAUCUUGACAAUGGUUCUAAUGUCAUGUACACUCAAAUAAAAAAGAAUGGUUUCCUGUUGAUGUCACAUGGAAGGAACUCUCUGCUAGUGCUGUUAGUUAUAAGUGGAUUUUUAAGUAUCUUGUUUUUUUUUUUCUUGGAACCAUUUUCUUGCGAGUAAAGUUUUCUAAGUAUUAUUCAAUCUAUUGGAAUAACAACAACUCUGCGAAACAUACUUAAGAUAUCAAUACAAGUUUCCUCUGCGGUUAGAAACAUGGCGGUUCUUGUGACCUUCUUUAACUCAGUUUAGUGUUAUUAAGUGCUUGCAACUGACUUCAACUGCAGUAUCUGCCAGUAUAAUCUAUGAAAAACAAUGUUUAAUAUAUACCAUUCUAUUUUGUGAGAUAUCUGAAAUAUUUCAAAUUUAGAAGAGGAUAUUAAUAGGAAUAUGAAUCCUGCAAAACCAAAUAUAGUUUUACUUGAUCUUAAUUCUCUUCCAAUGGAUUUUCAUCAACCUUCACCAUCCAUUUAUUUCUUUUUUUCAAGGAAAAAAAUAUACAUAAAAUAAAAAGCCAAACAUACGGAAGAGUUCAUAGUAGCAAAAUUGAUUUCUCAUUGUUUUUUGUUGUUCCUUCUCCUUUUGAGGCCAUAGAGACCAGAUUCAUUUUUGGUUUCUUCAAAGGCCAAACCUUAUUUUCUCAGCAAACCCUUUUGCCAUCUUACACAAAAAGAAAAAAAAAAUCUUGUUCGUCUGAGAGUCUCUGUCCCUUUUGGAUUUGAGGUUCAACAACAUUCAUGAACUUCAAGUAAUCUAUAAUCUUCUUGUAGUAGUAAUCCAGGAAGAUACAUUUAAACACAUAGACAGAAUGAAAAUGAAUUGCUUGUUCUGUUGUAUGUCCGAGAGACAAUUAACCAGACGAUCAUCAUCAAGACAAGGCAUCAAAGACUGCAUUGAUGCAAACAACACUCUUUCAAGAUUUGAAAACAUCUCUUAUAAAACAGAUAGCAGUAGGAGAAGAUUCAUAUCCGAGGAGAUAUCAAAACUCGGGAAAGGGAACAUAAGUGCUCAGAUCUUUACCUUCAGAGAGCUCUGCGUCGCCACCAAGAACUUUAACCCCGAGAAUCAGCUCGGUGAAGGCGGUUUUGGAAGGGUUUACAAAGGGCACAUAGAAACCUCUGAAAAGGUUGUUGCGGUUAAGCAGCUAGACAAGAAUGGCUACCAAGGGAACAGAGAGUUUCUUGUGGAAGUCAUGAUGUUGAGUCUCUUACAUCACACAAACCUUGUCAACUUGGUUGGAUACUGCGCAGACGGUGAUCAACGGAUUCUUGUCUAUGAAUAUAUGCCAAAUGGCUCAUUAGAUGAUCAUCUUCUCGACUUGGCGCGGACCAAGAGGAAACCGUUGGACUGGGACACAAGGAUGAAAGUUGCGGCAGGAGCAGCUAGAGGGCUUGAGUAUCUACAUGAAACAGCUGAUCCUCCUGUGGUCUACAGAGAUUUCAAAGCCUCCAACAUAUUGCUUGACCAAGAAUUUAACCCAAAGCUUUCGGAUUUCGGUUUAGCUAAAGUUGGUCCGACCGGUGGACAGACUCAUGUGUCGACCAGAGUAAUGGGAACAUACGGUUACUGUGCCCCUGAGUAUGCUCUCACGGGACAGCUCACUAUGAAGUCCGAUGUGUACAGCUUUGGAGUUGUGUUCUUGGAGAUGAUCACAGGAAGAAGAGUCAUUGAGACGACCAAACCAACUCGAGAACAGAAUCUAGUGACUUGGGUAACAAGCGAGUCCAUUGUUCAAAGAUAGGAGAAAGUUCAGCUUAAUGGCGGAUCCGUUGCUUGGAGGGAAGUAUCCGAUGAAGGGACUGUAUCAAGCGCUUGCAGUUGCAGCGAUGUGUCUUCAAGACGAAGCAGAAACGAGACCUAAUAUGAGUGAUGUAGUCACUGCGCUCGAGUACUUAGCUAUGACCAAAAGCGAAGAAGAUGGAGAAACGAAUUAAUAUAACAGAUCUAAGCUUUGAAGCAUUUUUGUUUUGUUUUGUUUUUUGUAUGUAAUUUUAAUGAUCGAUUAGGAGAUUUAAAGAUUUUUUGAAAAGAAAAAAAUAAAUCAAAGAAGAUUAAAUCUAGAGUUUUCGAUUUCCCUCUUUCAAGCAGAUUCAAAUUUCAGACUUCACAUACCCCACUACUGUGUGGUUUUUUUCACUCAAAAGGCUUUGACAAAUCUUCAAUAGCUUCUUACAUAGAAGUCAUGUUUUUUUAGUACCUUAAGUUGAAAACUCUUAGUUCGUCUCCAAUGCCCAAAAGGGCUGGAGCUCUACUAAAAAUUUGAUCUCAUUACCAAAUGCCAACUUUUUUCUCUUAGCAAAGGGUCACCUUACAAAACCAAAAUUAAAUAUCUCUUCGGAAUUUAUCAUUCGAUAGGUAAGCAAAUGCUUUCUAAAUGGUAAGUAUUAACAAAAUGUCGAGACUGUCACCAACACAGUAGAUAAGCUAUCUGAGGAAAG